AUUGAUUUGAACAACAAUUAAGUUCCAACAGUUAACUAAUCAUUAUUUUGAUUAACUAAAUUAGUUUAAAUUGUCUGUGAAAAUGGUGAUACCGAUUAGCCAUAAAAGUGUAUUGAUCAAAAAUCUAAGGAUCAAAUCAAUUUCCAGUAACCAACCAACCAGCAAGAGAAAAUAAUAAAUAUAAUAUAAUUAAUACACAAGUGAAUUAGUGAUUUAGUGAAUUAAUUAAUUUGUUAAUUACAAUUGUAAUUGAGAGUAAUGUUACUACAAUUAGGUGAUAAUUUAUCCUGUCAUCAAACUUUGUACAGAAUGUUAAUCCGAUUCCGUCUAUUCAAUAGAUGGUCAAAUUAUCGGUUAAUUGUUUUAUCUUCAUUCAUUUGGAUUCUAAUUGGAUUCAGUGUUCUUGUAUAUUAUAUGGAUUGUCUUGGCGAUUCUGGGACUAAUUGUAUAGGUGGUAAACAACGUAAACUAUUUGAUAAUGUUAAUAAUAAUAAUAAUAAUUUAAUUAAUUCCAAUUCUAAUUACAACUCUAAUAAUCUCGGAGACUCAUCAUCAUCUAAUCAACAACAACAACAACAACAACAAAUGAAAAACCUGAUUGGUAUUCAAAGUGAUAAUAGUGAUUUAAUAAAUUUUGAAAGUGAUAAUUCAUUAGAAACAUUAAUUGAACAUAAUUCAGUUCUACCUCCAUAUAAAUUACAACAAUUAAGAAGAUGGAAAUCACCAGUUACAAUUAAUAAUCCAAGUUCAUGGCCAGGGGAAAAAGGUAAACCCGUUAGCAUACCCAAGGAAGAGGAGUCUCUGAAAAAUGAGAAAUUUAAACUAAAUCAAUUUAAUUUAUUGGCGAGUGAUAGGAUUGCUUUAAAUAGAUCACUUCCUGAUGUCCGAAUGGAUCUAUGUAAAAAGAAACGUUAUCCAAGCGAAUUACCGACGACAAGUAUUGUAAUCGUUUUCCAUAACGAGGCUUGGUCAACCCUUUUAAGAACAGUUCAUAGUAUAAUACGAACUUCACCUCGAACUCUUCUCGAGGAGAUAAUUCUGGUCGAUGAUGCAUCUGAAAGUGAUCAUUUGGGUAAAAAACUUGAGGAUUAUGUUGCAACUCUCAAUGUUCCAGUUCAUGUUUUACGAACUGGGAAUAGAUCGGGACUAAUAAGAGCUCGUCUUUUGGGGGCAUCUCAUGUGAAAGGUCAAGUGAUUACUUUUCUCGAUGCUCAUUGUGAAUGUUCAAAGGGAUGGUUAGAACCUUUAUUAUCACGAAUUCGAGAGGACCGGAGUCGAGUAGUUUGUCCAAUCAUUGAUGUGAUAAGUGAUGAUAACUUUGAAUAUAUUCCUGCAUCUGAUAUGACUUGGGGUGGAUUUAAUUGGAGACUUAAUUUUAGAUGGUAUCGAGUACCUCAACGAGAGAUUGAUCGUCGAAAUGGUGAUCGAAGUGAACCAGUAAGAUCACCAACUAUGGCUGGAGGAUUGUUCUCAAUUGAUCGUGAUUACUUUGAAUAUCUUGGUAAAUACGAUGAAGGGAUGGAGAUAUGGGGAGGUGAAAAUCUCGAAUUAUCAUUCAGGAUUUGGAUGUGCGGUGGGACACUCGAAAUUGCGACCUGUUCUCAUGUUGGUCAUGUUUUCCGUAAAUCGACACCUUAUACCUUCCCUGGUGGAACUUCAAAGAUCGUUAAUCGUAACAACGCUCGUUUAGCUGAUGUUUGGCUCGACGAGUGGAAAGAUUUUUACUUCGCCAUCAAUGCCGCCGCUGCAAAUGUGGACAAAGGUGACACCAGUGACCGUAAAGAAUUGAGGGAAAGGUUAAAGUGUAAAAGUUUCCGUUGGUACCUUGAAAAUGUUUACCCUGAAUCUCAAAUGCCAUUGGAUUAUUAUUCGUUGGGUGAGAUUCGUAAUGUGGCCCUUGACCAUUGUCUCGAUUCUUUCGGACGUAAGAGCGGGGAAAAUGCGGCGAUGAGUCAAUGCCAUGGACUGGGGGGUAAUCAGGUGUUCGCUUACACCAAAAGAAAACAAAUAAUGUCGGAUGAUAAUUGUCUCGAUGGCUCGAGUUCCAAAGAGCCCGUUAAGUUAAUUCGUUGCCAUGGACUUGGAGGUAAUCAAAUGUGGACUUAUUUUGAUAACAAUCAAACGAUCGUUCAUUCAAAUACUGGCCUUUGUUUGGAUACAUUUGACUCUUCCAUUGAUCCAACUGAUUCAUUACAAUUAGCUAAUUGUUUGGGAAUCAACUCACAACGAUGGAUUUUAACUUCCAACUUUAAAUGGCAAACAUUUGAUCAUCUCAAUCAAACUAAUCACAAUCAAAAUUUACUGAUUAAUUCAUAUUCCGGUUAAAUUAUUAAUAAUGUUAUUUUUAAAUGUCAAAAUCUUAAUCAUCAAAAAUACUUCUUAUUACAAUCAAUUGUUUCUAAUACGUUUUGAUUGACUGCCAUUAAUAUGAUAUCAUUUUCUUACAAUUAAAUUAAACAUCAUUUAAAUUGAUUCUCGUGAAAUUGGGUUAAUUGUAUCAUUUGAUUUCUA